AUUCAUGCUUUGCUCUUGCCAGCUGUUCGUCAUUGUUGAGUGUUCGCGUUUAUAUGUACCAUAAAUUUCUUUGUAACAUUUAACACUUAAUAACCAGAAAUGCUGUUGUAUGUUUCAGUAAAUCGUCUCAUCCAUGUGAUGUAAAAUUUUGUAAGAAACCAAAAAACUAUAUCAGAUCGUGUAGCUGGUUUCACAAAUAAUAUAAGGCGUGUUUCAUUUAGGUUACUUUAAUUUAGGUUAGGAACGUAAUUGCAAUAUCGAAAUCUAAUUGGCUGUAUUAAUCGAUAAUCGAUUGUGCGAUAAUCGAUUGUUGUUUGACAGUUCUCGAUACAAUAUGGCUGUUGUCUGUUGUGUAGAUUGAAAAUACAAGGAAAACAAGACCUCGUGACGAAACAUAUUAAACUUUACAAGAAGAAAUUUUUGGAUCUUGCGUUAAUCCUACAUGCAUUUAAAUAUGACAUUUCCAUCGUUUAAUUUAAUGGAAUCAGUCGUCGAUGAAGUUGCUUUGGAAGGAUUGGAUGGCAUUACUUUACAAGCAUUAUGGAUAAGAUUAGCAAACAGAUUUAAUGAUGAAUUGCCAUUACCUAAGCCUUUUAUGGAACAAGUAUGGUCAAUAAUUACAAAUGUGAAAGACUUUUUAUUUUACAAAUUGGAGACACCAAGAGAACCACUAGAAAUAUUUGAUCGUUAUGAAUUUGUGAAUCCUGAUUUAGGCAUUAUACAUGAGCCAGCAAAUGUUCCACCAGAUAUUUAUCCUCAUUGUCCUAUUCAAGAUCCUAAAACAGGUGUGAAAGGAUCUUGUUCUACAUAUUAUACAAGAAAAGAUAUCAAAGAUAAAGUGAAGAAUGCAGGAUUAAAUGAAGUAAUAGAAAAAUAUGGAUUAAGUUUAGUGAUUGUAGCAUCUCAAUUAAGCAGGACACAGGCUUUGAUGGGUGUUGAUGUGAGUCCAACAUUGGAACUGACAAUCAUGCACUAUUGCUUCUUAGAAAGAGUGGGAAGAGCUCGUUAUCACGGUGAAGUUACUCAAGGCAAGCUUAGUUUAGCAGCGCUCAAAGAGGAUCCAAAGACUUUGUUCUAUCAUCGAAAGUUUCUGUUGCAUCACAAAUUAAUCACAAAGCAAAUUCACCAUCAGAAAAGUGCCGGCCAUUGCGGUAGCGGUAGCCUCUUACAUUUGCCACGUUUCUAUGUAGAGCGAAAACCAAAAAUGAUUUACUUGGCAGAACAGGUGCUCGACAUUCUAAGAUCUAAAGAAAAUGGUGUAGCUGAGUAUGACGAGAUUAAGAGAAAGCUUGGAAUUGAAAAUUCUAUAAAGAAAUUGUUUAGAACUGCUUUCUUUCAAAAAAUUGUAAAGACGGACAUUUACGUGCUAUAUAGAACUUUGUAUCCUAACGCGGAACCUAACGAGUGGCGACAAAAACAGGAUCCCUCGAAGGAGAAGAAAAUUAGAGUUGUACAAUUGCUGUAUCCAGAUACCAACAUUAUGGAUAUAUGGAAUAAGGAUGAGAAAGAUGAUGAUGAAGAUGUCCUUGAAUUGGAUGUUUCUAAUCAUAAAUUCAAUGUUCCUUACUUGAAACAAGCAAACGCUAUUGUUGAAGCGAGUCAAUCAGAAGGUGUAUCUCAAGCUUAUUUGGGAAAGGAAAUGGGCCUUACCAAAUUGCAAUCUAGAGCAUUAUUGAGAAAUAUGGUAAAGGUAGGAAUUAUUGCAAAAUACAUGAACGACAUGGGCCGACAGAGAAUUACAAAAUAUGUGUCAAAGAAAUUUGAGAAGAGCAGCAAGAUGAGUAAGCAAUUUAAUAAGGAGAUGCACAAAAUCAAGGAGCUCACUAAGAACAUAACUAGUGAAAAUGAAGAAACUCUCAAAAACAAAGUGGUCACACAAGUGGAAAUUGAAAAGACUUCUGUAAACAAUGAAAAUGAUCAAACAUGUACGAAAUCGGAUCAUCAAAUUGAUCAAAUCAGUGUGGAUGCAUCGAUUGUUGAUAAAAAUGAAGAGGAAAAUAAGGAUAUAAAUACAUCUUAUAUUAAAAAGGAUAGAGAGUUGAAAACUUAUGCCAUCAACAGAAUUUUGUAUAAGUAUAAAUUGCCAACAUUUCGAUUUAAAUACAAGCAUUUAUCACAGACCUUAUUAUUAAAGAAAAAAGAUUCUGAUGUUAAAGCGAAAAAACAAAAAGUGAAAUCUGUUUCGUCUAUGCAGCAAAUAGUGAAUGAUGCCAAGGCUACCUCAUUUUAUCAUAGUAUAAAGACAAAUCUGAUAGCACAAAAGCCUGUCAGCACUGGAAAGGGAGUCGGUGGUGAAGUCUAUGGUUUUAUGGAAGUUGUGAAGAACAGCGAGAAAAAUACUACUAUUACAUACAGAUUACUAAAGCGCGCCAACAUGAUCAUUGAGGCGGUGAAGGAGCAUCAGGUGAUUGACGAUACAACAAAACUCAUGAAGAUGAUUUGUGAAGAAGAGGAUAAAGAGGGUUAUGAUGUGAAGAUUGAUAAAAAAUCUCUCAUAAGGAUACUGCAGAAACUCGCCAAGGAUAACUACGUGAAGAAUAUCAAGUUAACUUUGAGCGCGAAUGGAUACGAAAAAAAUUUAAUGUUUAUUUGCAAUCCAAAUAUCGAUACUGAUCACACCGUGAUCAAGUCGGCCGUAGAGCAAGCAAAAGUCAAGUUUUGUUUGCUAGCGUCUCAGAAGGCGAAGUCACUAGCAAAAAAAGCGGAUAAACAGGAUAAGGAGAAAGAAAAUGCAAUUGACAAGCCGUUGAAUUCUAAGGAACAAUUGCAAGAACUUAGCAAAACAGUGUCUAAAAAUACGUCUUCUGUGAGCUACAAGUAUGAUGCUAAAGCUGGCAAACGAUACGGUCUCAGUCCAAAGUUUGUUAGGAUGCGGACAGUGCACUAUUUGCUCUUUUAUUUAGUAUACAAUCAUCCUGGAAUACCAAAAUUAUCUCAGCAAAAACAGAUAGAAAUUCUGAAAUCUAAUAAUAAUUAUGAAAUUGAUGUUGAUCUUAUUCAAGAGUUUAGUACCAUUUACAAUACAGAAGUAGGCUGGAAGAUGUUUAUUCCACCUUUGCCUAAACACAGCGGAUGGCCCGAGGGUUGGGCGCUGAUGUGCGAUGUUUUAUUAGGACUGCCUUUGUCGAUUUUCGUUCAAUUGCACAAUAUCACCUUUAUGAUACCUGAGAUGGAUUAUUACUUGAAUCAUCCAAUCAGAAAACAUUAUCUCGUUAAAAAUCUUCCGGUUGCAAUACGGAAUACUCUUUUGCAUGCACGGAAAUAUAUAUUCAACAUCCAUGACACCGUAACUAGAUUAGCCUACAUCGGUCUGGUACAGUUCGGUCCGCAACGACUGAAGGAUAAAGAUCAAGUAUUCAUCUACUUAAAUCGACGCACGGAAUUGAUGGAUACGAUGUCUUCGGAACCGAGUUAUCAUAAAAUCGAAGACAAGACGUAUCCGGUGACCAAGUACUUCUUCGAUCGCAUGCAGGUUGUUGAGAAAUACUGGUACGACAUGUUGACUAUUUGUGUUAAUACACCACUUGGUGGGAGGUUGGCCGUACACGGUAAGGAUAUCCUACUUGAAGAUCUGAGCAAGAAGAGUGACAUGAUAAAAGCAAUUGUAGCACGCACUGCGAAACAGACUGUGGAAAUGGAUACAGGUACGGUUCCCGGAGAUCGUAAAGGAGCAGCUGGUAUUGAUUCAGCUUUCUUCGCGCAUUUAAAACGCAACUGGAAUUGGUCUAUGAGUUCUACAAAUCGACAGGUCUCCAGGAGUCAGGAAAAAUUUGGCACUGGUCAACGAGAUCUGCAUUUUUCAAAGAUUCAAGCAAAGCCGGUUAAAUAUACGGAAUAUGAUGGUCUAAAGAAGAUCUCUGGACCACCCCCACCGCCCACCAUCAGCGCAACCGAACUGCGGAAGAAGGUGUAUGAUCACCUCAACAGCGGUGGACGGAAGAACGAAGCCUUAGCAUCGCAACAUUCGACCAAGCAAAUAUCUUUUGUACGACGAGUGAUGCCGCGCAGGAAAAGCGUCCGACCGCGUCUUAAAUACGACGAGGACGAUUACCGAGCCAUGCAGCGGAUGCACAAGCUACGGGUAGACUGGGAACGGCACGAGGAUAACAUCCUGCUGGUAUGCAAGGUGGCGACGAUAUAUCUGUCAUCGAAUUCGCGCAAGCAGAUAAUCAGCUUUAUAGCGGUACGAGAUGUAUUGCGCACCUUCUCCUAUAACUCGUGCAACAAAACUUCUCGCGCUUGUCAACGCCGAUUAAUGUAUAUGCUGAAGCAGCCGCGAACGGUGAAUAGCGUCGCGCUAGGCGUCGAGGAGAUCAAGCAGGAUCCUUUCGUCGACAGACGAUACGGUGGCAUGAUGGAUAGACUAAAAAGCGAAUGUGCGAGUUCAAUAGAGUACGAGAAGCGGGUUACGGAGGUCUUCAAGGAACUCGUCGGUUAUAUCAUCAAAAAGUAUUACGACAUCGCGGAGAUUAAGCCGAAGAAACAUAUGGCGAUGCCUAAAACUGCACAAGAGUUCAAUUUUCUAUUUGAGAUUGUUUAUCCGGCAAAGCCGCAUCAUAAUCAGGGCUUUACCAAGGAUGUACAAAUUACAAAUGAUAUUCAUGCGGCGACCCUCAAUUCUGUCAUACAUAGUUCCAUGUGUUGCGGAGACAGACGCGCGGACAGAUGCUCCAGGGCUUAUCAAUUCUUCAAGGUGUACCAACAGUACCCAGAAAUUCUACUAAGACAGGCGAUGAGCAAGAUCAGAUCGGAUCAAAUGGUGACUGUGAAGAAACAUCAAGUAGCGACUAAGAAGCACGGUAAUUGUAUGCCAAUGAGCAGCUUGCAGUAUCAACUGAGCAUCAAUUACACUCAUAAACUUCAAACAAAAUGGCCUUAUGAAGCGUUUAAAAAAUCCUACGAUGUUUUUGUGAAUUUGUUACAAUGGUAUUCAAAACACAAAAGUACCCUCUCUUUGCAAGAACAGGAGGAAGUAUUUAAUGGUACCGAGAUUCUGCCAGUUUCCUGUGGCAUAGUUACUGUCAUGCACGAUUUCCUAGGACGCAAUCAGAUCGACUUUGACAUAGAAAUGCCAGAACAGGUCAUUAUGUUGGAUGCAAGAUACCAAGGCAAGGAUGAGGCUUACUUUAGGGUUGCGCAAAGAUAUCAGGAUAUUUUGACAAGGCUCUAUCGUUUUAAGUUUGAGAACGAUGCUCAGAAUACUGGGUUUCUCGAAUGAAAUGAAAACAUGGAAAGACACUUUAAAAAGGAAAAAUCUAUUGAAACCGACGAUAGCGAAGAACCGAUGGUGAAAAUCACUCGUCGGGACGAGAAAUGUGAUGGAAAAAAAUCAGGAAAAGAAUCUAAACGAAAUGAAAUUGUAACAGAAAGCGAAUCAGUCGAGGAAAGCAUCGGAGAGUCGAGCUCUAGUAUUCAUACGCAAAAUGAGACUCGUGUAAAUCAUUCAUUAAAUAAAAAGAGAUCUAUUGAUGAAGAUGACUCUACUGACUCUGAAGAGCCGUUUUCAAAGAGAAUAAGAUUAAGCUCCGAGAAUUCGACGGAUAUAGAGGAUGUGGAAAAAAAUGAAUCAAAUUUAUGCGAGAAUCUUGAAAAUAUCAAAAAGAUACCUUCAAAGAAUACUGAAUCUCUUGAACCAUUGAGAGAAUUAAAGGAACAAGUCAAUGAAGAAGCUUCUUUGAACAACAUGAUGAAUGUGGCAGCGAUUCCUCGACGCGUCAACGAAAUCAUCAGGAAUGUGCCGUCUGAAACGAAUCAUUUUAGUCCUUACAACAAGCUCAAUGAUACAAGUGACAUUCAGAAGAAGUACACGAGGAUAGAUAUGUUGAAAAUGAGAGAAGAGCUAAAUAAUCUCACAGUGGCCGACAGCCAUCACGCGCACGAAUACUUUGUAGUUAAUAGCUUUAAGAUGUUCUACGGCUUAGAUACAUUACCAUCAUCAUCUGUAUCAAACGAAAUUGAAAAUUUCAAAAGUUAUUCAGUACCUAGUCAGCUCAUACCGCUGAAGCUCGAUGUUGUAAACGAUCUUCUCAACGAACUGAAGCAGAAGGCAAUUUUUCCGAAGAACGGUAUUACUUAUACGGAUUAUAAAAAUGAGAUGAUGACAAAGAAAAAGAAAAUAGCGGUUGAAUGGGAAUAUAUCGACGCAGUGUAUAAAUUUGUCCGAGAGAAGAAAGAAAUCGGCGCUUGUUCAAAGGAGUUGUUGGAUAAAUUCUUCGAUGAGCAAGGAACGAACUUAUACAAGGCUGUUUCACUUUUAACGGAAAAUCAUAUAUUUCUGCGAUCUGGCGUCACCAAUCCACGCUACAUUCAUCAUCGUUAUGUGGAACCUUGGCUAAUUAAUUCCUGCAAGAUAAAUCGUUAUGAACAGGAAUCUAUGGUGCCGUUUAAGGACAGCGUCUACGCCACGAUGCAGCAAGGAAAGACAACUGCUGACACAAGUAUUGAAAUGGAUGCGCAACAGAAUAGAGAAGAUACAGAAACAGAGAAUGCGAUACCAUCAACAUCAUCGGAUAGUCAAGAAACCGAGGAGAAGAAAGACAAAGAAGAUACAGAAACAGAGAAUGCGAUACCAUCAACAUCAUCGGAUAGUCAAAAAACCGAGGAGAAGAAAGACAAAGAAGAUACAGAAACAGAGAAUGCGAUACCAUCAACAUCAUCGGAUAGUCAAGAAACCGAGGAGAAGAAAGACAAAGAAGAUACAGAAACAAAGAAUGCGAUGCCAUCAACAUCAUCGAAUAGUCGAGAAACCGAGCAGAAGAAAGACAGAGAAGAUACAGAAACAGAGAAUGCGAUGCCAUCAACAUCAUCGGAUAGUUCAAAAAUCGAGGAGAAGAAAGACAGAGAAGAUAUAGAAAUGGAGAAUGCGAUACCAUCGACAUCAUUGAAUACUCGAGAAAUCGAGAAGAAAGAGGAGAAAGCUGAUAAUGAUUUAAAUGAUGAGGACGAGAAGAAGGAAUGCAACGAGAGCGAAGAAAGUGAUACACGUAUGAAAACAAGAAAGCAAAGAAUGCGUUUACUUCCGCAAAAGGAUGUGUACAAACCAGCGCAGCAAUUAGAUCUUUCAACUGCCAAGGAAAUAAAAGUGGUGAUAAAACCUUGGAUUCGUAUAGACGGCAUGGUGAAUCGCAAAGUGCUAGAUCGAAUGUUGGGUGCAGUCUUGAGUUACUGUUUACUUCAUCCUGGACUUACUAUGGCAAAGAUGCAAAGCAGAUUCGUUCCAGCUCUACAACCAUUCCAUAUUCACGAACUAGUCGAGAUACUGAUUAAAUUAGGCUGUUUAAAGAGUAAGCAUUUGAAGAAAACACGUGUUACUCUAUUUUCUCGGCCGCCUACGAGUCAAAUUAAUAAUCUAAAGGCCACUGGCAUCACAGAGAAAUCGCCGAAGCGUGCGGCUGUUUCGGAGCUCAAGUCAUUUUCGGACGGAAUUUCUGGUCGAUCGUCACCCAGAGAAGUUAACGAGAUGCCAGUUCUGACGAGAGUCUGUUCUCCUGCGACAUUACCGAGGCUCAAAAAAUUUCGAUUCCGACCCAUCGACGCGUCGACCGCAGGACCGUGUCACGACGCGAGCAUCACCGACGUGAACUCCAACCAUCAUCAUCAUUAUCAUCAUCAUCAUCAUCCCGAACACAAUCAACACGACCAUCGGCCUCAAGACCGAAUUCCAUCGUCCUCCUCGAUGUCUACCUUGCUAUGCUGCGAGCCAGUAUCGGCUGGCCGGCCUCGGGCCAAUCUCAAACUCGUGCUGAACCGCAGCCUGAGCGAGCCAGGACCGAGUCCUUGUGCCUUCCCAACUUCGCCGACCGCUUCGUCGAUCGUUAACAACAACAGCAACUCCAGCGUACCUCCCUCGAUUAUUAUCGACGAGGAAACGAACGGCGACGACAACGACGACGACGUCCACCGGCGUGGCUUCCAUCAUCUCCACUACCACCACCACCACCAUCAUCAUCACCACCUUCAUCAUCUUCAUCAUCAUCAGCACUUGUCGAUAAAUACGAAGCGUUGCAAACUGGAGACCGCCAGUCUGCCCACCAGUCCCUGCGCGGAAAACGGCACCCUUCAUCGUCAGCUGGUGCUAAGCAAGACCCGCGUCAUCACUUCCGGCGAUCUCGCUCAACGUCUCGCGCGUCUCGAGCGACCCUCCGCCGUUUCGCCGGUGAUUCUGGACUGCAGACCGUUUAUACUGUACAACGUCAAUCAUAUACGCGGCGCUAUCAACGUUAACUGCUCGGAUCGUUUCAACCGACGCAGACUCCAGCUGGGGAAGGCUACUCUCGCCGAUCUUGCGACCGCUCGCGAGGGCAAGGAGUUGCUCAGGAGGAGACAGUUCAAGGAAGUCAUAGUGUACGAUGACUGCACCGAUGACCUGGAGCAUUUACCCGCUCAACAUCCAUUGUUUUUGGUACUCGCCGCCCUUGUGGAUGAUGAUCGAGAACCCGCUCUGCUGAUCGGUGGACACAGGGAGUUCCACAGGCGGCAUCGAGAGCUAUGCGAGGACACGCUUCUGCCGAACGGCACCGCCACCGAUUCCUCGACGACGACGACGACGACGACGGUGAGCGGCUGCACGAGUCCCGGCCCGGGAUGUCCGGUGCUGAGCGUUUCCGGUCCACCCACCCCGCAGCCAGCCGACAUCGACAGCCACCCGGCAUCCCGCGUGUUGCCGUUCCUCUAUCUCGGUAACGGCCGGGACGCCGCCGAUCUGCAGCUACUGCGCGCCCUCGGCGCCACCCGGGUGCUGAACGUCACCUCGCAAUUGCCCGGCUACCACGAGGAACGGGGUAUCACGUACAGACAGAUACCCGCCUCGGACUCCGGUCAUCAGAACCUGAAGCAAUACUUCGAGGAGGCGUUCGAUUUCAUCGAGGAAGCGCGAAAAGCCGGAAGUAGCGUGUUGGUACACUGUCAAGCUGGUGUGUCGCGCAGCGCGACGAUUGCAAUCGCCUACAUAAUGCGGCACAAGGGCCUGUCGAUGGUGGAGGCGUACAAACUGGUGAAGAACGCGCGUCCGAUCAUCAGCCCGAAUCUAAACUUCAUGGGUCAGCUGUUGGAACUCGAGCAGGGUCUGCGGGCGUCCGGCGACGUCAUCAACUCUGCGCCGGAAGAUCCCGCGACGACGACGACGGCGACGUCGACAACGACGACGACGACGAGUAGCUGUCAUCAGUGCAGGUGGAGUCACCAGCCUAAUAGUGAAGAGGUGGUCACCUCCGGUUGUAGUGUUUGAGAUCCUCUCUCGUAUCUUCGUUUUUUAAAUUUUUCUCGAGAGUAUCAAAAUCGUCGACGCCGGCAUCGAAGCGUCGCAAACGAGCGGUAAACAUAUCCUGAGAUAUCAUCGAGAGCGAAUGUCGGCGUUCUUCCUGUGCCUCUUCGUGACAAACCCGGAUGAUUAAUAAUUCCCGGGAUUGGAUGGUCGACCGUUUAAAUAUAUCGAUCGUAACUGUAGAAAUUGUAUGACGAUAUAAAGCUUUUGCGAUCGAUCCUUGAAAAUAUGAAACGCGAAAUUUUUAAUCUUUUCAAUCUUCGCGUUUUUCAAUAUUUGAAUUAUCGCAUCUUUAUCCAAGGCUUUUUUUGGCCUUAAAAAUCCUUAAAAAUCAAAUCUUUAAUUUGAAUAUUUUUUAAAUUGAAAUGUUUUUAAAUUCCGUGCCUUCGGGACGACCAUCCAGUUAAAAGGUAAGCUGCCAAGCUGAUAGAAAUCAACUUAUUAAGAGAUUCGAAGAAAAUGUAUGAAGAAGAUAUGUUGCAUAUCUUAUGACAAAUAAUUUAUUUCUACAAAUAGAUGUACAUUAUUAUUCUCCAUAGAUUGAAAUAUCUCGUAUCACAUAUUAAAGUUAAUUCAUACGCUCCAUAUGCGACAAUAAAUCACUCUGACAUCAGUCAAGCAGCUUCAGCUGGAUAAGCUUGUUACGAAUGUGACAUAUCUUCUUCAUGCCAUCUAAAGAAGAAAAUUAUAGAAGCGGAUUUUCUAUUCGGGAGAGGCGCAAAGUGACAGGGAGCGUAUUCCGUAAUCAAAAAAACUUGAGCGCUCUCUUUUAAUUUGAAUAACGAAUAGUAACGCGUCGCGAUUAUUUAUUUUCAGACAAUGAUGUUCAAUCGCGGUAACCAUUACUUGUACUUACGAUACAGUGUUCCCUAAUACGCCUGGUUGAGUCAAUAGAGAGGCAAGUAAAACAUACGGAGUUAACGAGCUUCU